UAGAUUUGUGAUUCAUCUUUGGUUGACCUUCCAAUGACCUUAAAAGCUCAAAAAUGUUGAUUUUUCAAAUUGAUUUUUUGGAUCCAAAUAUUUUGAAUUGUAACCAGAUGGUGUCAUUUUGUAAUGCCUUGUAUUUACAUGCUAUUUCAGGCUCAUAUCCCUGAGUACCUUCAACACUGGGAUACAUUCAUAGCUGAAGGGAUUGACAUAAUGGCAUGUGUUGCAGUCAAUGACCCAUUAUCAUUAUAUAUUUUAUAUUACAUGUUAUUUCAGGCUCAUAUCCCUGAGUACCUUCAACACUGGGAUACAUUCAUGGCUGAAGGGAUUGACAUAAUGGCAUGUGUUGCAGUCAAUGACCCAUUAACAUUAUAUAUUUUAUAUUACAUGUUAUUUCAGGCUCAUAUCCCUGAGUACCUUCAACACUGGGAUACAUUCAUGGCUGAAGGGAUUGACAUAAUGGCAUGUGUUGCAGUCAAUGACCCUUUUGUCAUGGCAGCUUGGGGGAAAGAAGUAGAUCCUGAAGGAAAAGUAUGAAACAUUUUUGUUUAUUUCUUUAUAUCAAUCAAAUUAUGCAUAUUUUUUUAUAUUAGUUUCUUUGCAUGGAAUGUUCACAAGCAGUCACCUUUGCAUCAAUACGAAAUCAGUCUUUAACUACAAUAUGAU